CAUGGAUCCUGAACACUAUAAAUAAGGUGUUUGUUUGUAUAGUUAAUUGAAGUAAGCGAAACAUUUUUCUUUUACCUUGAAAAAAAUGGCGCCAAAUCUGUCAGUAUCAUCAACCAUCAACUUAUGUGCGAUUUUGAUGCUGGCCAUGUUUUCCUUCACCACAGCAAGGGAAACAAAGCUGUCGAGUUUGUUCAUCCAAAAUGAUCCAGCUACGCGUACGGUGGUCGCAGGGCCAAGAGAUUUUCGGUUCGGGACGAUUGCCGUCGCUGAUGACAAGAUAACUGCCGGAAGAAGCCGAUUUUCGCGUGAAAUCGCCCGCAUACAAGGGGCCAACAUAACCUCGUCGCUAGACGGGCAAAAAGCGGUGAUUGAAGCUUCGAUUAUUUUCACCCGCGGAAAGUACAAUGGUAGUACCUUGGAAGUGCAAGGGGUUGCCUCAGCAAGUGCCAAGGUUAGAGAAUAUGCCGUAACUGGCGGAACCGGUGAGUUCCGGUUCGCGGUCGGGUACGCCACCUUUGAGAACGUAGUCCGGAAGGCUCAGUAUUCGGUCGACAGGCUUGAUAUCACGGUUCGAUUUGUUGAAAAUUUGUCAUGAAAAAAAAAAAGAGUGGUUGGUUGGAGAUAAUUACGUAUACAGCUGGUUGUUUAUCAAUAUCCUUUCUAAAUGACAGAAAGGCUAUUAUUAUAAUAUUAUAGUCACUAAGUAAAAGUUAAAUAAAACCAUCUUAAUGAAUUGCCAAAUGUAAAAGGAAAAUAAAAUUAUAAUAUAUAAAAAGAAUUAAAGAUCGUCUACAUGUACUUGUGGACUGAUUCAUUUCAUAAUAUGUUCAGUUACUAAUAUCCUCGUAUCAAUUUCCCAAU